AUGGGAAAAUUCCAAAAAAGAAAAAAUAAGAAGAAAAAGGUUGAGAGAGAAGGAGGAAGAGGAAGAGGGAAAGGGAAUGGGAAGAGGGAAGGGGGAAUGGAGGAAGAGGUUGUAAAGAGGAAAGGAGGAAUGGAUUUCAAGGUGAGCGGGGUUGAUUGGAGCUGCCUGUGGAGCACAGAGGAUGGGGGAAAGUGA